UUCCCAGGCAGCCUUGCAGAAAGGUUAGAAAUCCCAAGGACAGCAAGAGGCUGGAGGAGGCCUGUGGGCUGAGGAAGAGUCUCCCAGCAGCCCAUUCUCAGCCCUCCAAUGUUGCCCAGAGCUCCUGUUCCAGCCAGGAAUUCACCAAUCCGAGGGUAGGCAGCAACCAAGCCAGAGCUGAAGUUAGACCAGAAAGGGUCCGAUGUUAGAUGUCCCUCCUCUGCCGUAUUAAAACAAAAGACUGGUAGAAGCAGUCAGUGAUCAAACGCCUUUGCCCGUAAGAAGGAAAGGAAGCCGAGACUUGGUGGCGCUGGGGCACAAGGGCAUUGGCUUGCUUGGUAGAGUGGCCUGCAGCUGUCGUUCUCUGCUUUUAUUGCUCCAAGAACGUGUCCAGAGGGCCGUUGGGACCCUCUCCCCACUGAAGAUGGGUGUGGGCAUCCUGCUCGUGUCCCCCUCCUUGUGGCCAGUCCACACCCUGUGCCUGGUGUGGCCGUGCUUCCCUCCUCCUCGGCCCCUGCCGCGUGUCUCGAAAGCAAGGUGAUCAGGGAGGUUGAAGUCCAGGCACAUAGUUGCUGGAGCAGCUUUCCUCCUCCUCGUUCCUGCUGCUUGAUCUUGCUGCUGGGCAGGCCCAGGAUGCCGGGGUCCUGGGGGCUGCUGUCCUUCCUGCUCCUGCAGAUGCCGAUGGUUGGGCCUCCGUUUUAUGUCCAGGCUGUGUUUGUCAACCGAUGUGGGAGUUCAAAUGUGUGUAAUUUUGUGUGUGACUGCUGGGAUUGUUCAGAUGAAAACCAGUGUGGCUAUCAGAAGGCGUCGGCUCUGGGGGCUCCCUUCACCUGCAGCUUCGAAGGCACCACGUGUGGCUGGGAGGACAUCAGCAACUCAGCCUACCGGUGGGACCCAGCCCAAGCCAGCAUCUCCACAUGGGGGCUGGAGCCUCCUUUCGACCACACGCUGGGCACGGAUUUCGGCUGGUACAUGGCGGCUACAAAGCAGAGAGUAAAGCCUGCGGCCACGGCCCAGCUGCGGUCCCCCCUGUUGAGAGGAGCAGCUGCUGCCUGCGAGAUCCGAGCUUGGUAUCUCCUGUGGGGGUCAGGUCUUAACGAGACUCAGCAGCCGCUCCUGACCUUGGAGCUGAUCCAGGGAAGUCGCACCGUCUGCCUAUGGCAAAGCCCUCCAGGUGGCACCUACUCCUGGCAGGAGUUGGUGGCCUACACCGGUCACAUCCCGGGCAGUUUCCAGGUCACCUUCUCCUCCACCCAGGCCUUCUCCUCCGCAGCACAGCUGGCGCUGGACGAUGUGGAAUUCAGGAAUUGCGGCUUCCCACCUCCCCAGAUGUGUGGCUCAAAGGCCUUCCACUGCCAGCAGGGCAGCUGCAUCGCCACAGACCGGGUGUGUGACGGCACCGCAGAUUGCAGGGCUGGUGAGGAUGAAGACGAGGCUAAAUGUGCCACCUUCACAGUGUGUUCCUUUGAGGAUGACUGGUGCCAGUGGACGGUGGACCCCAACACGACUCUUCCCUGGCUAAGGAACUCGAGCCUCCACCUGGCCUCUCCGCCUGCCGGGCCCUCGCGGGAUCACAGCACUAACAGCCGGGAAGGCUACUUCGCGUAUGUCGAGACCCAGAAGCCGGAGCUGGACGAGGGAAGAGCUUGGCUGAGCAGCCCAAUGCUGGCCCCGGAUGCCAACCAGUCCUGCUACCUGGUCCUCUACCUCCACCUGCAUGGCUCAAACAGCAACAGCCUUAACAUCUACAGCCAGACGGCGGAAGCUUUGCAGCUCGUCUGGAGCCGCACGGGAGACCUGGGCAAUUACUGGUUCCGGGAGAAAGUGGAUUUCGUAGACACAAAGACGUUCAAGAUUGUCAUCGAGGGCAGGAUUGGAAGUGGGCAGGAAGGGAGCAUCGCUCUAGACGACCUUCAUCUGUCUCCUGGCUGCAGGACGGUGCGGGACACCCAGUUCCCGACUCCUCCCGUGCUGGAGCACUCCGGCCCUUGCCCCAAGGGGCAGUUCACCUGUGACCAGGGUAAGCGAUGCCUCCACCUCCAGAUGCUCUGUAACUUCAAGGCUGAGUGUGACGACGCCUCUGAUGAGCAGCAGUGUGGAGGGACCGAUUUUGCCAAGGGCUCCGGUGGCUGGAUGGACAUCAGCGUGGGCCACCUGCGAUGGACCACCAGCAGGCUCAUCUCAGUGGGGCCGGCUUUCAGACUGCAGGAGGGCCCUGGGCAGAUGUUCUCCAUGGCACGGGCUGCUACUCCGGUGUUGGGCCCUUCGGGUUUAGGCUGUGUGCUGCAGAUGGACUUCACCACUGGUCCAGAAGGCUUCCUCGCCCUUGCCAUUGCCGAUGGGAGCCUGGGCACCCGCUGGUGGGCUUGGUUUGCCCGGAGCAAUGGGACCACUUCCUGGGCAACGGCCACAGUGUCUCUGGGCGCACGGAAGAGGCCCUUCCAGCUUGAGCUGCUUGCCAGGGCUGAUCUUGAUGGCCCCUGGGGGGCCCUGCCACUUGCCGUCAGCAAUAUCUCCUUUGUGAACUGCAGCCCCGAAGCCCCAGCGCCAGCCCCCCAGGCAGGGCUGUCCUGCAAUUUUGAGAUCGGCUGGUGCAGCUGGUAUGUGGAGCAGAACGAUGGCUUUGAAUGGAGGCUGAGCAAAAGUCGAAGAGGGGCCGUGGACCACACCACAGGCACAGGCUCUUUCCUGUUUGUGGAUCCUGGUGGAGCCUGGAACCCAGGCUGGCGCGCCCGGCUCAUUUCUGCUCCCCAGGUGGCGGCUGCUUCUGCUGCUGCUGCUGUCGAGGCCUCCUGCCUUUCCUUCUGGUAUCGCAUGGAUGGCCCCCAGAUUGGGACCCUGGCCCUGAAAGUGAAGGCAGCUGGAGAAUCAGAGCAGGUGCUUUGGACCAGGAGGGGGAGCCACGGGGCUGUUUGGCAUCAAGCAUCCUCCACCAUUUCCCCCAAGCCUGGUCAGGAUUACCAGGUGAUCUUUGAGGCUCUUCGGGACGGCUUCCUGGGGAGCAUAGCUUUGGAUGACCUCACGGUGACCCCCGGGGCCUGCCCAGCCCAGAGGCACUGCUCCUUCGAGGCCGGCGAAUGCGGCUUCUCGGUCCCCAAGCAGCAGGCGUGGCAGCGGCAGAAUGGCGCCAGAGGCUGGGGCCCUCCCGUGGAUCACACCAUGGGCGAGCCGAGAGGGCAUUACAUGAUCCUGCAGACUGGUGCAGACAAUCUCCCUUUGGGGCAGGUGACCAUCCUGCGCUCUCGCGCCUUCCCUUCUCUGCUCCGCACCCACUGUGUCUCCUUUUGGUACUACCAAAGCGGCAGUGAGCCAGGAUCCUUGACUGCUUAUGCGAAGGAGGAAGAGGAGAAGGGAGAGGGAGCAGAGACAGGGAUGCUCAGCCCGGAUCUGACACAGGGGGCAGCCUGGCGGUACGGCAGCUUUGUGGCAAAGGUCCACGGGAGAUGGCAGGUGGCCUUCGCAGUGACGGGCGCUGGUGGAGAGCCGGCCUCUUACAUCGCCCUCGAUGACAUCUUUGUGAAGGAAGGUGGCUGCUCUGAACCAGCCUCUUGUGACUUUGAGUCAGGCCCCUGUGGCUGGAGCAAGCCUCACGGAGACUGGUACAGCUGGGACUGGAAGGAAGCAGCCACCACGUUGCGCUCCCCAUCUCCCAAGGAAGACCACACCCUCGGCACCAAUGCAGGUCACUAUGCCUACGUUGACCUGGCAGUGCUGAGCUUGGGAAAGAGCACUGCACGCCUGGCGAGCGAGCCUCUGGCAUCCACUACGGGCUCCUGCCUGCGGUUCCACUACCACAUGGACUUCCUUGGCCACAGCUCUCCUGCAGAGCUCACAGUGAGGCUGACUGGGGCGCAGGGGGAAAGGGUGAUCUGGAGCGCCAGAGGCCAUCAGAGCUGGACUUGGAUGAACCGAACGCUCCUGGUGACCAGCCCCGUGGAGUUCCAGAUUGUCCUGGAGGCCAGCAGCGGAGCCUGGGCGAGCUCAGGGGUGAUUGCGCUGGACGAUCUCCACUACGCAGCUGGGCCGGACUGUGCCUCUCCCCAGGCAGACCAAACGGAAGAGAGCAGCAGCCCUCUCCCAGUAUCGACCAUUGCUAUAGUGGCUGGCGUGGUGAACCCCGUCCUCUUGCUGCUGAUCGCAACCGCCUGUUGCCUGUGGAAGAGGAGAGGCAGUCAGGAAAGGAUGGUGGAGGAGGACGGCAACGGGCAGGGUUUUGACAACAUUGCCUUUCGAGAUGACAGGAUCAUCCUGCCCCAGAUGGCUCCUGACCCAGCAACGUCCUAGGCCGGCCCCUGCCUUCCCUGUCUCGUCUUGCAUUGGCCUCUGUUGCUUUGGAGAGGCAACUGGAGCGACUCCAAUAAAGGGGGCAUCCUUGAGA